UAGUCCCAUCCCGGGCAAGGAACCGGAAGCGCCCGUGACGUCACAACGGCAGCGAGGGUGCCUGCGCAGUGACACGUCUCCCUACCUGCCCGCGCCGGCGCUGCCCGAGGCCGAAGUUGGACAAGAGACGGCGGGCGGUAGCGGUGAAGUAGGAAGCGGAAAAGGAAGGGCUCUCUGCUUCUCUUGCGGUGGCGCCUGUUCUCGCGGGAUCCCCGCAGAGGCCACUGCCGGGCUGGCUGUGGAGGGGGCGGGGCGUGUGAGCGACCAUGGCGGGGCAGCAGUUUCAGUACGAUGACAGCGGCAACACCUUCUUCUACUUCCUCACCAGCUUCGUCGCCCUCAUCGUCAUCCCCGCCACCUACUACCUGUGGCCUCGGGACCAGCACGCCGAGCAAAUUCGCUUAAAGAAUCUAAGAAAAGUAUAUGGAAGAUGCUUGUGGUAUCGUUUGCGAUUAUUAAAACCCCAGCAGAACAUAAUUCCCACUAUAAAGAAAAUAAUUCUGCUUGCUGGAUGGGCACUCUUUUUGUUCCUUGCUUACAAAGUUUCCAAAACAGACAGAGAAUAUCAAGAAUACAAUCCAUAUGAAGUAUUAAAUUUAGACCCAGGAGCAACUGUAUCAGAAAUUAAAAAGCAAUACCGUUUGCUAUCGCUGAAGUACCAUCCAGAUAAAGGAGGUGAUGAAGUUAUGUUCAUGAGGAUUGCUAAGGCUUAUGCUGCUUUAACUGACGAAGAAUCUCGAAAAAAUUGGGAAGAAUUUGGCAAUCCUGAUGGGCCGCAAGCUACAAGUUUUGGGAUCGCCUUGCCAGCUUGGAUUGUGGAUCAGAAGAAUUCUAUUUUGGUUUUGCUAGUGUAUGGAUUAGCAUUUAUGGUUAUUCUUCCAGUAGUUGUGGGUUCCUGGUGGUAUCGCUCAAUACGCUAUAGUGGAGACCAGAUUCUCAUCCGUACAACUCAAAUCUAUACCUAUUUUGUUUAUAAAACAAGAAAUAUGGAUAUGAAAAGGCUUAUAAUGGUUUUAGCAGGAGCCUCUGAAUUUGAUCCUCAGUAUAAUAAAGAUGCCACAAGCAGACCUGUAGAUAACAUUCAAAUACCACAGCUCAUCAGAGAAAUUGGCAGCAUUAAUUUGAAGAAGAAUGAACCUCCUCUUACGUGCCCAUACAGCUUGAAAGCCAGAGUCCUCCUACUGGCUCACCUUGCCAGAAUGAAAGUUCCUGAUACACUUGAACAAGAUCAGCAGUUUAUCCUGAAGAAGUGUCCUGCUUUGCUUCAAGAAAUGGUUAAUGUAAUCUGUCAGCUAAUAAUAAUGGCCCGUAGCCGAGAAGAAAGAGAAUUCCGUGCUCCUUCAUUGGGCUCCCUGGAAAACUGCAUGAAGCUUUCACAGAUGACCGUACAAGGUCUUCAGCAAUUUAAAUCUCCACUUUUGCAACUCCCGCAUAUUGAAGAAGACAAUCUCAGGCGGGUUUCUAAUCAUAAAAAGUACAAAAUUAAGACUAUACAAGAUUUGGUGAGUUUAAAAGCAUCAGAUCGUCACAAUCUACUGCACUUCCUUGAAGAUGAAAAAUAUGAAGAAGUUAUGGCUGUCCUGGGAAGUUUUCCUCAUAUUACUAUGGAUAUAAAGUCCCAGGUUUUGGAUGAUGAAGACAGCAACAACAUCACAGUAGGAUCCUUAGUUACAGUUCUGGUCACUCUAACAAGGCAGACAAUGGCAGAAGUGUUUGAAAAGGAACAGUCUACCUGCUCAGCCGAAGAGCAACCUGCAGAUGAUGGGCAAGGAGAUGCUAACAAAAUUAAGAACAAAGGAUGGCAGCAAAAGAAUAAAGGCACAAAGAAGGCUUCAAAGUCAAAGAAAAAGAAACUAUUGAAGAAAAAACCUGCUCCUGCACCUCUGCAGCAAACAAAGCAGCAGAAGCAAAAGCAAGCAAAUGGGGUAGUUGGGAGUGAAGUUGUAAAGGAAGAGGAUGAUGAAGCUUCUGAUAAAGGAAGUGAAUCUGAUGAAGAUGACACUAACAGAGAUUCUCUAAGUGACAAAGACGAUGGAAGCGAUAGGGAUUCUGACAGAGAGCCUGAUGAAAAGCAAAGCAAGGAUGAUGAAGCUGAAUGGCAAGAAUUACAGCAGAGUAUACAGCGAAAGGAACGAGCUCUUUUGGAAACCAAAUCAAAAAUAACCCAUCCUGUUUACAGUCUCUACUUUCCUGAGGAAAAACAAGAAUGGUGGUGGCUAUAUAUUGCAGAUAGGAAAGAACAAACAUUAAUAUCCAUGCCAUAUCAUGUGUGUACACUAAAAGACCGAGAAGAGGUAGAAUUAAAGUUUCCUGCACCUGGCAAACCUGGAAACUACCAAUAUACAGUUUACCUAAGAUCAGAUUCCUAUAUGGGCUUGGACCAGAUUAAACCGUUGAAGUUGGAAGUCCAUGAAGCAAAACCAGUGCCAGAGAAUCAUCCACAAUGGGAGACAGCAAUAGAGGGCGAUGAGGACCAGGAAGACAGUGAGGGUUUUGAGGACAGUUUUGAGGAAGAGGAGGAAGAAGAAGAGGAGGAUGACUAAACACACUUUGAACUAACUACGUACAUUUCUUGGGACAUCUCUGCAAACUGGCCUCUGGGACUGGAUAAACAAACAAUGCAGGAGUACUGACAGAAUGGAUUUUUAAAGUUUCUCUUUACCAAUUAUGAGUGCUUUAUGUAACUUCCCAGUGGAAAUCUGUCAAUCAUUUGGCAUAACCUGGAAGAUGCUUAUGGCUCUCUACAGCCUCCAAGUACAGGACAAUGCAUUUAUUUCAACUGAAAAAAAAAUAAAAACUUUUUUAUUCUAAA